AUGAUUGACUACUUCCCAACACUAGAAUCCGUUACUGACCUUUCGUUUAAUCAUCACCAGGUUCGAAUAACAAAUACCAAAAUAUUCUCAAAACUAAAGAAUUUAACUGCUUUAGAUUUGAGUUAUAACGAACUAGUGACUGAUGCACAUGUGAAGGAAAUUUCAUUAAUUCCAUCAAUGAGAAGGUUGAAUAUUUUCUGUACAGAUAUUGGAAAGCAGUCGAUUGUUUAUAUUUCUGAAAUGAAAUUAUUGGAAUCUUUGAUAUUGGGAGAGUUAAGAUUGGAGGCGGAAUCGGUUGCCUAUUUGAAAAAAUUGACGAAUCUGAAAGAAUUGAACUGUAGUCCAGAUAGUUAUGGAACUUCUGCUCAUUUAUCCGAAAUGAAAAGUUUAAAUUCAUUAAUUCUCAAUGUUAAAUACAAUAAGGAAGAAGAUAUUGAAAAUAUUUCAAAAUUGACUAGUUUGAAUCAUCUUAAAUUGUGGAAUUCGAAUAUUAAUUCGAAAGGUGCUGAGUUCCUUUCGAAUAUUUCAAGUUUCACAAGUUUGAAUUUGAGUGGAAAUGUAAUUCGAGAUGCUGGAUUAGUAAAUAUUGGGAAAUUAGCCAAUUUAACCUUUCUAAAUUUGUCAUAUAAUGGAUUGAGCGAUUCUGGAAUUACUAAUUUAGGAAAUUUAAGGAAACUGACUGAUUUAAACUUGAAUGGUAACAAUAUUGAGGAUCAAGGUGCAAAAAUUAUUUCUAAAUUUUCUCAUUUAAAAUAUUUACAAUUAAGAAAUAAUCAAAUUACCAAAAAUGGUGCAAAUUAUUUAAGUAAUUUAAAUUCUUUAUACAGUUUGGAUUUGAGAGAAAACAAAUUGGAUUACAAAAUUGAAAAGAUAUUUCCCAAUGUGAGAAGAUUAUUCAUUGAAAAGGAUUGUUAA